UGUACGAAGAGGGAAAUUAUUCAAUUAAAAGUACACAGCACUCAUAAGCACCCGAAAACAAAGGUGACGAGUGACGACAGGUCAGCUGAAAUCCAGCUUCCGUUUUCCAUGGCCGUCGCCGGCACUUUAUUCUCCUCCUCCUCCUCUGCCGCCUCCUCCGCUCUCCGCCGAUCUAGAAUUUUUCCCGAUUCAACCUCCAUUUCUGCUCCGCAGGUCUCUCUAUCCGAUCCGGCCAGGACCGUUUUCCCCUCAAUUCGUGACGAGUUCCUUGGAUCGCGGAUCGCCUUUUGCCCGAGAAAGAAAGGAGUACACGCGUCUGUAGAUGGUGUGGAUUCAUUGGGUUCAACCUACUUGAACUCUCAAGAUGCUGACUAUGUACCGAUGCCGAUUGUUCUGAUAGAUCAAGAAUCUGAUUCUGAUGCGACAAUUGUGCAAAUUAGCUUUGGAGAUCGUCUUGGAGCUCUUAUUGACACGAUGAAGGCACUCAAGGAUUUAGGCUUGGAUGUGCUGAAGGGAACCGUGACUACUGAGGGAUCAACCAAACGAACAAAAUUUUUUAUUACAGUAUUAGCAACUGGGCGUAAAGUUGAAGAUCCUGAUCUACUGGAGAAAAUUCGGUUGACCAUUAUCAACAACCUUUUGAAGUAUCAUCCAGAGUCUAGUGAGCGACUUGCAAUGGGUGAGGCUUUUGGAGUAAAAGCUCCAGAAAAGAAGCUUAUGGGUCGUAUUGCAACCCAUAUACAUGUCAAGGAGGAUGGACCCAAGAGGAGCUUGCUAAUUAUAGAGACAGCUGAUAGGCCUGGUUUGCUGUUAGAAAUCAUCAAAGUCAUUGCUGAUAUCAAUAUUAACGUGGAAUCUGCUGAGAUUGAGACUGAAGGUUUGGUCGCCAAAGAUAAAUUCCAUGUUAGCUAUGGUGGGGCUGCGUUAAAUAGUUCCCUGUCUCAGGUGUUGAUUAAUUGCCUGCGUUACUACCUUCGGAGGCCGGCAACAGAUGAGGAGAGUUACUAGGGAAGACCUUGAUGUCUGUAUGUAAAUUUUCACUUUAGUUUCUGUGGCAGAUUGUUCUGUGGCCUCUAGUCACAAUUUCUAUGUAUCAAGGAAAUGAUUUCGUUGUGAUAUAUAUAAAAAAGGUAAUGAAUUCAUGUGACCCAAA